UUGACGCAGUUCUCGCUGGUCACUGCUCGUCACUUCGUCAGCAAAGAAUGAUUUUGUAAAUACAUUGUACAUAGGUACACAGAAAGGUUCAUUCAAUCAUUGGUGUAAUGUGUACGCAUGGUGUUCAGUAGUAUUGCAUUCAAACCGUUCGGUUCUUUAUCAAAAGCUUGUACCUCUAUUUCAAGACAUUUUUUUAAGAUGGGACCUCUAGAAAAUGCUAAGAAAAUUGCGGCUUACAAAGCAGUUGACGAAUACGUGAAGGAUAACAGCGUCAUCGGAAUUGGUAGCGGUUCUACCGUGAUACACGCUGUUCAUAGACUCGCUGAACGUGUUAAAGAAGAAAAUAUUCAUGUCAUCUGUGUUCCAACCUCAUUUCAAGCCCGUCAAUUAAUAUUGAAUAAUUGCCUUACACUAGGUGAUUUAGAAACCUAUCCUAAAUUGGAUUGUGCAAUCGAUGGAGCAGAUGAAGUUGACUGCGAUAUGAAUCUCAUUAAAGGUGGAGGAGGAUGCUUGCUCCAAGAAAAGAUUAUUGCAUCCUGCGCGAAUCAACUUAUUAUAGUAGCUGAUUAUACGAAAAAUUCUCAAAAACUUGGGGAACAAUAUAAGAAAGGCAUUCCCAUUGAAGUAAUUCCUAUGGCAUACAUUGCCAUUCAAAAAAGAAUAGAAGAUAAUUAUGGAGGAAAUGUAAAAAUGAGAAUGGCCUUAGCAAAAGCUGGUCCUGUCAUAACAGACAAUGGUAAUUUCAUUUUGGAUUGGCACUUUCCAAAAAAUCUGAGGAACUGGGAUGAAAUCAAUACAGGAAUUUCGAUGAUACCCGGAGUUGUUGAAACAGGUCUAUUUAUAAACAUGGCAAAAAAAAUAUUUUUUGGUAUGCCUGAUGGCAGUGUUAAGGAACAGUCUUAACGCGUUUUAAUAACGCUAUCAUGAAUGUUCAGAAUUUUAAUGAUAUGUAAUGGUUGAUCGAAAGAUUACUGAACUCCUUUGUGACGUGAUAACUUCAUUCUCAUGUUUAUUAAAUCAUUCAUUAUUCAUUUUUAUUGUUCACUUCUAUUUUAUAUGUCACAAUUUUGUGUCAUUUCUUUUUACAAACGGAUUUGUGAGGAGAUGUUAUACAGACUGAAUGUACUCUGUAGUUGUGUUUUAUCUAUUUAUUUAAUUGCAUUGAUUCGAAAAAAAGAAAAUACGGGACACUUGAUGUACUUAACGCAUUUACUUAAUAUCGAGCGUUUCGUUUCAACCAAAUAUUAUUGUAGGUAUGCUGUAAAAGGUGCUCAAAUCAAUAUACACUCGAUUUAUAUAGAAAUAAAAUAAGUAUACAAUGAAAAAUGAAACUGAAUAGACAUUAAAGAUCUAAUUUUUAUAUGACA